UCAAAAUGAAAUUCUUCCUCAUCGCUAUCCUUAUGGGCCUGAUGGUUGUUGGAAUCCGCUCAGAAGGUGAAGAUGCUGGAGGUGAAGAUGCUGGAGGUGAAGAUGCUGGAGGUGAAGAUGCUGGAGGUGAAGAUGCUGGAGGUGAAGAUGCUGGAGGUGAAGAUGCUGGAGGUGAAGAUGCUGGAGGUGAAGGUCAUGACGAUGACAGUCAUGACGAUGACAGUCAUGACGAUGACAGUCAUGACGAUGACAGUAAUGACGAUGACAGUCAUGACGAUGACAGUAAUGACGAUGAUAGCCAUGAUGAUGACAGUAGUGCACUUAGCAUGUCCAUCGCUGUAGUUCCUCUUCUCACGGCUUUCCUUCGGUUAUAAGAAUCUCAACUCGAUCGAAAUCACGAAAAACAUGCCACUCUGACUUAGCAAAGAAUCUUAGAAGCCUUGGAGAUAUUUUUUCAAGAAGGAACUCCUUUAUAUUUUAAUGAUGCUUAUUGCAACAUCAUUUCGAAUGCCGUGAUUGAAAUAAGAAACUGAAUCAAACGACACGCUUUCUUUAUAAUUUUAGAAUUUUGAAUCAUUGUCAGUUAUGUAAUAAACCGUUAGCAUAGAAUGUUUAUCUUAUAUUUUGUUUUUAAAGUUACAUUUUCUUGUAAAAAGUC